ACUAUCUGCGGAGGGUGGACUGCAGACUAGGGGUGUGGAGUGACAAGGGUAUCCAUGCUGUGCUCGGUGGUCCGGAGGCAGAUAUGGAUACUGUGGCUGCCACACUGUGCUUAGCGGUACACCUUAGCCAGCAUUAGAAAUUGGAGAGUGCCAACCAGGGGCGUUGAACAGGGGGUAAAAACUUGACACUGUCAAUGGACCCUGAACACUUGGGGGGCCCCCAGCAGUCCGGCAUGGGGCGCUGUGUAUGUGUAAUUGUGUAAGCGUGUGUACAGUAUGUGUAAGAACAACUUAGCGCACGUGUUUGUGUGUGCGUGUGCGUGUGCGUGCGUGCGUGCGUGCUUGCGUGUAAAAAUAGAGUUUAAAGCCAUUUUCAAACUGCACUUAGCAGAGUGCAACGCACCGUCACUCAACCCAUUAAUUGUGUAUGUGCUGCAAAGGCCAGAUGAUGGAAUGCCGUGUCGUGUCGUGUAGAAAUUUUAUUAAUUUGAAUUGCACCUCAAGAGGUGCGUCUCUGUGACAUCAGAUGGCACAUCCAAUAGGUUGGCCGGGUUGGUCUAUUGCGAACAGCAAUAGACCAACCAGCGCGAAUAGCAUUCAUGCUACUUCCUAGUAGGGCGCUAAAUAACCACUUCAAAAUAUGUGCAAGCUUGCAACAGAGCGCCAUCAUCCCUGUGCCCUGCCCCGCAGUGAACACCAAGAAAACCAAGUGUGGUGUGAAAAGGCCUUAAGUCUGUGAGAGUGUGUCCAUGUAUUGUGUGUGCAUGUCCAUGAUUGCGUGUGAGAGUGUCAGUGCUUUCUUGCAUAUGUAUGUGUGAGUCUACUAAUGACAUGCAUUACGGAACAUAAAGUUUGUCCUUGACCUCCAUGUCUCUUUGCUGUUUGUAUGAUUCCUUUCAGAGGGAACCCACCCUGGGUGUGUGUGUGCCGCUACUGUGUGGCCGGCGUGGUGAUGCUGCCUCGCUGCCUGGUGAGACCCUGGGCUACCUGCACAAGAUCAAAGUGUGCGAGAGCCUCUUGCUGUGGAAGGAUGACCUGGACCUGAUGAAAAUCCAUCGGGCGGGAAAACUGUCAAUCACGCUGAUGAGGAACGGCCUGCUAGAUGGCUCUGAGCGCCGCGCUUUGGAGUCCAGCAUUCUGCGAGUGGUCCAUCACCAUGAUGAUGAUGAUGAUGAUGACGACUGCGGCCCGCCGUCCGUGGCGAUGAUGGUCGCCAGAGAGCUUCUUCAAGAGGCACCCGAGCGCGUCGGAGCGGCGCUGAGGGAGAGCCUUAGAGAGGCGUUGCGGCUCCAAAAAGAAGCCUUAAGACCCGAAGAAGGCCGUCGGCACGCACGACUGGAUGAGCUGGUGAGACGUUUGGAGUGGUGUGGUGACAGCAAGGGGGUGCUACAAGCUGCGGAGCACCUGCUGUCCAAGGAGCUGAAGGAGUUCUCUGACGGAGAGACGACCAUCGCGCUCACCUCGGUCUCUCUUGGUGAGGAGCGCUGGCUAGGUUACGAAGACGCCUUGAAAUCCUUUUGCAGUCGGCAUGGCUACGACGGGCUGACGCUUCUCUUGGCAGUAGAAGAUGCAGUUUGUCCUCCUCGCCUGCAGGUGGCAGUAUACUCCAACAACGUGGCGCUCCUCAACCAGAUCUCCUGUCAGCUCGAGGAGACCUCCAGCUGGUCUCUCUCCAGUCAACCGGAAACCUUGGCUUGUCUGCAGGUUUACCACGUCCAACUAAAUGCCUUCUCAUCUUCGGGUGCAUCGUUGCUGCUGCUGCAGGAGGAGGUUCGAAGACUCCUCAAGGAGUUUGUCGACCGGCGGAGCUCUGUGUUAGCUUGUCACCCCAGCAGCAGGACAUCCUCCACCGAGGGGGUGGCGGGCAGCGUGGAGUUCUCCCAGGGCUCGUCCGGUAUCAAUGACAUGGAUGGCUCAGACACAGAGAGAGCUAGCAGAGGUGGUGGCGAUGUGGGAGCAACAGAGAGGGUGGUACCAUUGGGGGAAGGUGAUCCCGGAGGAGUCCGAGCAAGCGGGGAGCUGGUGAGCCCCGACAGCGGUAUGAACACCAUCCGCAGCAGCCGCUCCUCCAAGGAGAGCUCAGUGUUCCUCAGUGAUGAAAGCCCGGUUGGCGAGAUUUUUGGGGCAGGUCCUGGGGGCCUCCUGUUGAGGAACCCCUAUCCCCUUGGGUUGUCAUCCCUUUCACCUCCCGUGGCGCCUGAGAGGAGGCGGCAUCGGCGUUCCAACAAAAAGAGAAAUGACCACUUGGAUCAGUUUCAUUUCGAUCCGCUCCAUCCACAUCACGUCCUCCAGAAUUCUGCAGGAAAAGCAGACGACGAUCGGCAAACGGCGGGAAGCUCCAGCCUUUCAGAGUAUGAAGAACUCUACAUGGUGGAUUUCUCUGAUCCCAGUUCUUUGGGCGGUCUGGAAAGUAGGCAGUCUUCUACUGAUCCAGACUGUGAAAAUGUGGAGAUGAUUGAGACAGUGGUUCCUCCCACCCCGGUCAACAGCUUGGCUGGCGGUCACCUGUCCUGCAGUUGCGGCGCCAGGUUUUUCCCAGAAGACGUGGCAGAGAGGAUCAGUGGGCUGCAGCACAAGGACAGCAUCUCGUCCUCCUUGUCUGAAACCUGGGAGGAGCUUGGGUUCGACACCCCUUACUCCAAUAACACCUGGAAUAGAACCAGAGGGUCAGAGAGCCCUCAAAUUCUAGAGGAAGCAAAGUGCAAAGAGUCUGAUGGUGUGAGACCGACUAGGGAAGAGAGAUCACAGAGGGAGUGGAACCAGGAACCAGAACUUAGUCUGAUCAUCGAACAGACAGAAUCCUGUGAAAAGUGGAUCCCGGAUUCCGUGCUUGGUGGUAAGUGGAACCCGGUUACCGUGGCUGAUCUGCAGUUGACACCGCCAGAGGAGGAAGUAGAAAAUAAAGCUGGUGUCUUUAGAGUCAAAGAAACAACACGUCCAUUGCAGAAGAAGAAAAUGAUGCUCAACACUUUAACACCAGACACAUCUCAGGAGGACAAUGACGAACCACAGGGGAGUAAAGCAGGUAGACAGAUGCAGGCGAUGGAUUUCUGGACCUACUCGGCACAGAAGGGCUUUCUGAAAUCAGAUAGCGGAACCACCACUUCUUACCCGGAAUCACUUGACAUGUGGAAUACAACGAUCCGGAAUGACAGUUUUUCUCCUCUCACGACCCCCGACAAUUUGUCCGAAGACUCUGGGACCUUCGUCGGGGCGGCUCACAACAUGGGAGGCAGCGCUUCUGUGGAAAGUCCACAGGGAUUCUCCUAUAGGGGCAUGGAAAUGUGGAACACAACCAUACAAGAAGACAGCUCUUCAUCCGCAAGCCCAGAAGGAAACGGAAAUGGAAAGGACCAUAGUCACCCUGGUUUAGUGGAUGGAAGGGAUACUCCAGCAACCAAACAGCAGGGAAGAGAAGCAGAAAGAGUAGAACAGGACAAAGAGGUCAGAUGUACUGGUCAAAAGCAGAAUGUCCAAAUAGUCAUAGAAGGGGAAGAAGGCAGAAUAUCAGACACGGGAGACCCUGAGCCAGCAGGGAAUCUUCCUGUUCCUCACAUGGUCAUCUCCAUCUCAGACUAUGACAAUGUAGGAGACUGCAGUUGGAGCAUUUCGUCCUCCCCUGACAUCCACUGGAGUCCUGUUGUAGAUAUGAUACAACUGGAAGAGCAGUCCAGCCCAUUCGUUGCUGUAAUCAAACCUGUAGAAGACAAGACAGAAUCAGAUGGAAGCUCUUCAGAAAAAGUCUUUAUUUUUGAGGGAAAGAGUGUCUUAAAUUCAACUGAGAAAACACACUCUGUUGAGCUUCGGUCGCCAUUUGUUCUGUUUGACAACUCUCAGACAUUUUCAGAGGAUAAUCAGUCAACUUUGGUAGAAGCUUGUGGAUAUCAAAUCCAGACUGAAGAUUAUUUAUCUCAAAGCCCAGGUAGUUUGACUAGUCUUUUGUCCAGUAAACCAGAAAGUUCUGGACCAGCAUCACCAUCCAACAAUCUACCGCGAAGGGUAGCACACGAUGAUAGCCAAAGCCAAGAGGGUUCCACAAGAGAGACGCUCAGCCCCAGCUCUGGUGUUGACGGAGAUACACUCAAAUUAAGCCCAGGCAGUCGAGACGAACUCAGGUCCAAUUCUGACGGGGAUACGUCAUCGUGCCUUGAAAUGGAGUACAUUAUUGUUCCAGGAACAGUAAAGGCAACUGAUCGUGAUCCCAAAGAGGCCGAAGGGAAAUCAAAAGGAUUAAGGAAGCCCAUGGAAACUUGUAACAUGCUUUCCUAUGCUGUUUCACUGCUGAAAUCUCAGAAUCAGAAAACCACAGAGCAAAGCGGUCAGAUCCAAAAUGAUCAGUCAACCAGUGAGGAUUACAAUCUCACCAGAGCCGACAGAGAAACCUUUCAGCAGUCAGAGUCGAGGCCAACAUCUGGAAGUGAAAGUCAAUUAGAAGAAGGCUACUACGAAGAUAAAACCACCGUCAGUGGCCGAAGCAUGUCACCCUCAUUGAGACACCCAUCAGAUCACUUCCUCAGAACCAGAGAGGAGAUUUAUGUCCACUCCCAAAUCUCCAUGGAGGACUCAGGUUCAGACAGUGGGCACUCACCGGUCAAUUCGACUGAGCCUCAUCCUGACUUUCAAGUCUGGGGGGCUCAGUUACAGAGACGGGACACACCGCGAUCAUCGUGCAACAGCUCUGCCGCCUCUCACACCAGCUCCUUGGUUAGCACCCCUGCGAGCGAAUCAGACGUCCCCCGCGACAAGGCCCUAGGAUUACCAUUUUCCGGAGAUUUGAUGGAGGAGGAGAACGACGAGGAAGAUCAGGAGGAAGAACUGACAAUGGUCCAAAGUUCUCAGGAUCUGUUGAGUUUCACAGAGGAGUUGAUUGAAAGUUGUCCACUUCCACCAAACAGCGGCCCGUUAGAAGAGGAUUUACUGGACUAUUAUGAUGGUCAAAAUGGAAGGACUGAUGAUUGCUCAGUUGGACACCACGUCAGAGAUUGGUGGGCAUCUCGCCAAAGCUGUUCUUUGAAUUUAGGAUGCCAAAAUAUGACAUCACGACUGUUACUCCAUCGGACCAGUCAGAGCACUACACAACAAUGGACAACGACUCAGGGUCCACCCCAUAGUGGUUACAAUUACCACCACAUUGACCAAAGGACAGAAAACCUGGAAGGCUGUGAGUCUACAAGGAAUAUCUCAGACGUCUACGCCGAGUUUUCAACUCAAGUCCCACCUGCAGACUUUGUAGGUGAGCGGGAGAGCUACUUCAAACCUUGUCAUAGCGAACACAAGCACCCCGACCAGCAGGAUCAUGUCCAGUAUGUGCCGGAGGGAUACGCCCACUUCCUCAUGUCCAGGCGAGACCACACGGCAGCGGGAAUGACAAUGACAACUAUGAUGAUGAGGAGGAGGACCUCCAGUGAGGAAGCUGAGGAUACAGAGAACAGGGAAGACCCUCCCUCCACCGCAGACGUGUCGGGGGGCUCCAGUCAGAGGCGUAAGCUUGCGGCGCCGCCUAUGAAUGUGUCGCUGGAGCGGAAGGAAGGCUCCCUGGUCUCGGAGCACGCCCUGGACACGGACGAAGAUGAGGCGGCUCUGGACACUGGAGACGACCUGGACGUCGACAUCGAGCAGCUGGACACAUCUGAGGAGGAGUGCGACCAAUCCGUCCCUCCGACGGGGGGCCAGGAGGUGCACGAGGAUAAUCGGCUGUGGAGGAGCGUGGUGAUUGGCGAGCAGGAGCAUCGCAUCGACAUGAAGUGCAUUGAGGCGUACAAGAGGGUCAUCUCUCAUGGAGGUUAUUACGCCGAGCAGAACGCCAUCAUCGUGUUUGCAGCCUGCUUCCUGCCUGACAGCGACUGUGACAGUUACAACUAUGUCAUGGAAAACCUCUUCUUGUACGUUAUAAGCACCUUGGAGUUAAUGGUGGCAGAGGACUACAUGAUUGUCUACCUGAACGGUGCCACGCCUCGCCGCAGGAUGCCCGGCAUUACGUGGAUGAAGAAGUGCUACCAGAUGAUUGACAGGAGGCUGAAGAAGAACCUGAAGAUGUUCAUCAUCGUCCAUCCCUCCUGGUUCAUCAGAACACUACUGGGCAUCACCAGACCUUUCAUAAGUUCCAAGUUCAGCAGUAAAAUCAAGUACGUGAGCAGCCUGCAGGAGUUGGGACACAUAAUCCCCAUGGAGUACGUCCACAUUCCCCCCAGCAUCGUCAAGUAUGACCAGCAGAGGGCGGCACACACUUGCAUGCAUGAGACUGGACACAGAUUUAAAGGACGCCUCAGGAAAGUCUGACAGAAAAAGGAGUUUGGCCAUUUGACAAAAAUGGAGCUUCACGUGAGAUUGCCCAUCUUCCCAUCAGAGGGGAGGAGGUUGCGGUGAGGCAUUAACAAAAAAACACCACGUCACUGUGUAUAACGUAUGGGAGGUGCUCUAAAGACUGCAUUAAAUGAGGUUUACAUUGGAAUCUAUUUAUUACUAUUUACCACUUGACUAAUACGUCUUUCCUUUGAAUUUACUGUAUUAGUAGAUUUGUAUUUGUUUUUACCAUAAAUAACCUCUCAUACAUUGUCAGUCAUUCAACAAUGUCGGAGUUUACAAAAAAUCCACACACAUAAUAAAUCUCUGGACUGUAAUUAUGGAGAGGCUAAUUGAAGUCAGUGACCAAAUAUUGGUUUAAAUCAGGGGUGGUAGGAAGACUGAUAUGGCUUCGACUGGGGAAAAAAGCUUCCUUGCAAUUCCAUGUCAUUGUAAUAUAUUACAACAAUACAGCAAUUGCAUGAUAUAUUGGAAGAAAACCAUCGAUGAUACAUUGCAGUGUAUAUGUAAUAGAAUGUAAAAGAAAAUUAUCUCAAGAUUUGAUGCUUGUGUAACGAUAUACUUUGUUUCAUUCGUCCUGAUAGAAGACGGUGUGUAACGAUGCACCAAUUGCAUGAUAACCGAUAAAUUGGAAAAGAUCUGCCAUACAUGCUGAUAUCUACAGUAUGUCACUAAAUAAGGGAAGGUCAUACACAAAAAAUACUAAAAGAAAUACUGCAGUAACUAUUGCAAACCGUUUUAACAUUUACUGCAACAGCUAGACUGGAUAUGUUUUGCAGAUAUCUUUUUGCCUAGUCAAAAAGAACAUUACAGGUAUCUGUAACUACAUUCUUCCUACCCACAAUUGGUAUGUCCGAUAUCUGCAACAUAAUUUUGCCUAGGACAAAUGACGUCACUUUUGCCAUCUAUGGGGUUUCUGAUUACAGAUAUUUACAAUUCAGUGGCAGAUAUGGGCUAUGUGAAUUAGGGAUAUCUGAAACGGAAUUGUAGAUAUCUUCAACUCCCGUUUUAUAUGGCAUGCCUUCUUAACAUUUUUUUUUUUAAAUUGCGAUGACGACAGUCUCACGAUGCAUUGAGGGGGCGAUAAUUGCCAACCAGCCAUAAUAUGGAUAUUGACGCCUGCGUAAACUAUAUGUUUUUGUCCCACCCCUGAUUUGGAGAUCAAUCUCAAAACCUUCUUAGAGUCUACUAAUGCAUUCUAUCACUGUGAAAGUCCUUAAAGGUAGCAAAAUAGCACUUGAAUGUGUCUGCAGUGACUUGUGCAUGCCUUCUGCCUGUGUGUGUGUGUGUGUGUGUGUGUGUGCGUGUGUGUGUGUGUGAGGAUUGGUGACAAAUUGUAGAGGAAGUUCAGGCUUGUGUUCCUUCCAUACUUUUGUUUGUGAUUCGGCCUUCAUCUUCUUACUGUAAAAUAAAGAAAAUACUCAGUU